AUGGACUUGCCGACCUUGCUCAGCGGCUUUGCCUGCACCUGCAGAACGGCCCGCCAAUGGGCGAAGAGCGUGCCAGUGCAUGUCGCUGUGAUGAUACAGCGGUACACAAGUAAAGGCGACUGGGCUCUGGGACUCCCCCCUCUCGCAUUCUUGGGCUGCUUCGCGAUGUUCCCGAAACUUGCAGAGAAGAUCGUCAACGACUGGGACCACGCACGACGACUGCAGUGUUUCUGCCCGGACGACUUUCAAGGCUUCAACGUUGCAGUCAGGGGACGUCUACGGCUCUGCCUCUCCAACUUCGACAAGUAUCAAAAGCGGCAAAGAAGGCUGCUAAAAGAAGAGGCGAAGCUCAAACGCACCGCUUCACGCCUAGCGGCAACCCUGAAGAAACAGAUGGAUCUACGGGUCCAACUCAAAACCUGA